ACCCAUCGGCCUGAGUUCGGCCUCCGUCUCCACACGAACACGAGAUCUUUUGACUUUUCAGUUUAGUGCUUGUGUUAUCCUGCGUCUCUAGUUACUUUCUUCAAUCUUCUUUGCAAUUUGCAGUUGUAUAUCUCCGAGGGAUAUAUUUUGUUUGUCGUAUGUCCAUCCAGAAUCUCAACACAUUCGACCCCUUUGCAGAUGCAAUCAAGGGUUCAGAUGAUGAUGUCCAAGACGGUCUCGUGCAUAUAAGGAUUCAACAACGGAAUGGUCGCAAGACCUUAACAACGGUGCAAGGGCUCUCUUCUGAAUAUGACUUGAAGAAAAUUGUACGAGCAUGUAAAAAGGAGUUUGCCUGCAAUGGGACAGUAAUCGAGCACCCGGAGUACGGGGAGGUGUUGCAGCUGCAGGGGGACCAGCGAGAAAAUAUAUGCCAGUGGCUAACCAAAUCAGGUCUGGCAAAACCUGACCAGCUCAAGGUUCACGGUUUUUAAUGUGCAUACCAACCAUCCAUGCCACUAUCUAAUAUAACAACUCCACCUUCUCCAUCGCCUUUUCCAUCAUCUUAAAUUAUCUGUAUCGGUCACUAAAACUUGUUAAUACUUCGUGGGACACUAUUAUAUACGCCUAUAUAUUUGAGUAAUAAAAAAGAAUAAGAAUAUACCUAUAACAAACAGUGCCGUCAGUAUUCGGUCGGUAAGAUAUAUAAGAAAGAAGUAAAGCAAGAAAGAAAGAAAGAAAGAAAGCAAUAUUUUACUGUAACAGUCUUGUGUUAAAUAUGUUCUGCUCGCUUUUAUCACUAAUGAAGUAAUUGAAGCGAUAAAUAAUAGAAUUUUGCGAAGAUAUAAGUCAUAGAUGAGAAGAUAGAUACAGGAAGAAGCAACGGAUGGAUCUUGAUUUUGACAUUAGAUAGUAUGUAUCUGGGAGCCAUAGACGUGUUCAGAGAGGUUGAGAGAUAUUCUCCUAGGGUUCUGAUUGGCUUCUCAUUUAUAACUACAGCUUGUUUCAAUUUCCCUAUACAGUAAGGACCAUACUUUGCGCUUCAAGAAGACGUCAUCGUUUUUUUUUUGUUUCAACUUUUGUGCCUUUUUAUUCCACUGAUGAUUGUAUUAGUUAUAAAUGACGUUGGAAAUAUGUGACAAGGUGGCGCCGCCUGUUUCGGCCUGCUUGUUUCAAUUCUUUCUAAAGCAGUAUUGGUAUAACUAUAAAUAAUUGUUUUCCGUCUUACAAAAGUAUGUGGCUGUUCUAGACAAAUAAAUGGCAAUUCAUCAUU